GCUUGAAGGAGGCAGAGGAGGAGAAGCUGUCACACACGCGCUCAGUCUACAACUUGUCCACGCGGGGGAAGGAAAAAGACACGCGUAACUGCACGGAUUUCACUUAUUUUUAUUAUUUUCUUUUUUUUUCUUCAAAUGCUAUUCAUCCAGUGAUCGGUGAGUGGAAAUGUACGCGCGAGGAGAAGUUGUCUGAUCCGGGGGAUUGCACGAGCGCUGCCGCCGGCUCCAUCAGGAAACUCAUGGAAAGAUCAGCGAAAAACAACCACAAGAUGGAAACAUGAACUGUGGGGACAACGUUUGGAAGACAAUUACACGGGACACGUCAUUGGAUGAGUUGGGCUGUUCGUCACAACCCAUCAUGGCUAUCAGAUCUCUGCCUCCUCUCAAACCCUCCAGUCGGCUUCCUCGGCCUCCGCAUCAACGUGUCUGAGUUCUGACAUCUGGGAUUGCCGCUAUGACGCAGAUGGACUACAAAUACAGCCUGCUGGGCUCCGUGGUGGACGACUACCGCAAGAGGCCGCUGCUGCUGCAGGUGGACGACACGCCCAUGAACCUGUUCGCCGUCCUGGAGGUCAAACGGGAGGCGCCCAGGCGAUGGAGCACCCUGAGCUGCUUCCGAAAGGUCCGGGUCUACAGCUUCCUGUUCGGACUGGCCGUCAUGUUCCUCAUCAUGGCCUCCUACAUUCUGACGGGGGAUAAGAAAGGCCUCAUCCUCACCCCUUCACCUUAUCACUUCAGUGGACUGGUCAGCCCGGGACCUUUCGCCUUCAACCUGUCGUCGGUCAAGGAUUAUGCACAUAUCAAACUGGUGGUCAAGUCCAUCGCAUCCAAAGUGGAGUUUCGCAGCAGUCGACAGCUUCCGGAACUCAAGGGGCUGGUUAACAGUGAACCACAUAUGUUUUCUGUUAUCCCCCGAAAAUUCCUGCCUGGUGUCAAGAACCCCUGCUGGUAUGAGGAAUACACUGGGAAUAUCACUUCUGACCCUUACAGGACAAACUUGUACGCGCGCUAUUCGAGGCGUUUCCGGACCGUGUUUCAGCAACUGAGGAACACUUUCCGAGAACACUUAUUUCACCAGGAUGGCAAACUGUACCGCUUGCGGUGCCUUCCUUAUUUCUAUAUCAUUGGCCAACCAAAGUGUGGCACCACAGACCUGUAUGACAGACUGAGACUUCACCCGGACGUCAAGUUCACAACCUUCAAGGAACCACACUGGUGGACCCGCAAGAGGUUUGGUAUCAUCCGUCUGAGCGAGGGUUUCCAUGAUCGAUACCCCGUGGAGGACUACCUGGACCUGUUCGAUCAGGCUGCGUACCAAAUCCAGGGGAACCUCACAGCUAACGCCAGCGGGGCCCCGGGCAGACCCAGCAUCAUCAUAGGAGAAGCCAGUGCGUCCACCAUGUGGGACAACAACGCCUGGGUGUAUUUCUAUGACAACACCACAGAGGGAGAGCCACCCUUCCUUAUCCAGGACUUCGUCCACGCCCUGCAGCCAGAUGCACGCUUCAUCGUCAUGCUCAGGGACCCGGUGGAGAGGCUCUACUCGGACUACCUUUACUUUGGCAUCGCCAAUAAGUCUGCGGAGGAUUUCCAUGAAAAAGUGUCUGAGUCGCUGCAGUUAUUCGAGGGGUGCCUUAUGGAGUACACAAUGCGCUCCUGUGUGUACAACACAACUGUCAACAAUGCCAUGCCAGUCAGAUUGCAGGUCGGCCUGUACAUUGUGUACUUAAUGGACUGGCUAACGGUCUUCAGCAGGGAUCAGAUUCUGGUCCUGAGGUUGGAGGAUCACGCUUCUAAUAGGAAAUACACCAUGCACAGAGUCUUCGACUUCCUUAACCUGGGGCCGCUCACAAAGCAGAUCGAGUCGGAGAUCACAAGGAGCCCGGCUUCCAACACCAGAAGGCCCGCCGAUAAAAACCUGGGACCUAUGCUGCCCAUCACGAAAGAGAUCCUGCGGGAUUUUUACACGCCGUUCAAUGAGAAACUGGCCAAACUGCUGCGGAAUGACUCAUUCCUCUGGGAGAACAACUCCAAACUCUGA